UUAUCGGUUCGUGUAACUAUCUAUGUAUUACACAUGCAUAAUCCUAUGUAUGUAGAUGUGCUAGGUAGAUGCAGGGCCUUCUGAAAAUAAGCCUUGCAUCAAUUUAUUGUUUACAACGUCACAGGGAGAAGGCUGAACAAAACCAAAGCACAAGGCUACUUAUUAUAUAGUCAACCUUUAACCUAAGACUUAGGUCCUAAGUGAACUACCAAUUGCCCCCGGAUACCAACACUACGAUUCCUAUAAGAAACAGUACACGAAUCUAUCACAACUUAUUCAUUGUAUAGGAUUCUCGCUUGUAACUCCUCCAUUACCUCUAAAGCUCGACCGUUGCCACCAUCUAAAGCAAAAUGGCCUCACCGCAGAGCAAUGCCCCAAUUAGCACCACGAGGCUAAAGCAGAUCGCGAUGGACGCCUGCCAAAGCGCCAUCGGUAGUGCGGAGUUCUACGAGCAUUCGAAAGUCGAAGGUUGGAACUCCACCAUCAUCAACUCGAUCCUCCGAGCUAUCAUAUCCGAAUCAACCCCCUCGGGCUCCCAGACCCCAGCCCACAAAUACGUGGUCAACAGCACCAUUGUGCAACACUUAGUCCCGACCUCGGCGCUCAACAAGCCCAAAGGCGGCAGCGACGUCAAGGCCGAAAGCCCGCGCAUCAGCACCAGCGACGGCGGCAACGCGACGGCCACGGACGGAAAGCCGCACGUGGGCCGGCGGGGCAUGCACUCGGCCACGCAGGCGUUUUGGAACGAGAAGACGGACGGCAUGUGGAGCUUCAAGUACGACGGCGGCGAGGGCAAGGGCAUGGAUGUUGUUAUUAGCGUCAUCUGGGUCGGGAUAUGAUAUGAGGGUGUAUACAGUAUAAGUCUGACUUGGAAAAUGGCGCGGGGGAGCUGGCUGUAAUAAUAAUAAUAAUUUAGAAAAAAAAACACGUUGUUUUAUCUACGCAAAAAGAUAAAUUGAUACCUUUACAACCG